UUUAAGAGAGGAGAAGAAGAACCGAAGGCGGCGAAAGGAGAAGUUUUACAGACAUCGAGAGAAGAGAAGGUUUCCCUGUUUUUCUCUUUUGAAGUUUCUAUUCUUCUUCUUCUCCUCUUGUUUCGGUUUCGAAAUCUCUGUCGGAAUCGGAGCUGUUUUUGUGACGGAAAUGGCUUUCGUUUCGUUUGUCGGAAGAGUUCUCUUCGUCUCCGUCUUCGUUCUCUCUGCUUGGCAAGAAUUCAAUGAUUUUGGUACCGAUGGAGGAGCGGCGGCCAAGUAUCUGAAUCCAAAAUUCAACGUUUUCUCUCGCAAUUUUGAAUCUCAUACUGGGUUGGAUUUCCCCAAAGUUGAGAUCCUACAUGUUGUGGCUGGUGCCAUUGCGCUGAAGGGCCUUGGAAGCCUGCUGUUCAUCUUCAACAGCUCCAUUGGAGCCUUUCUUCUGAUCUUGCAUCAGGCCAUAACUGCACCGAUCUUGUACGAUUUCUACAACUACGACGUUGAGAAGAAGGAAUUCAACCAACUUUUUGUGAAAUUCACUCAGAAUCUGGCAUUGUUGGGAGCGUUGCUGUUCUUCAUCGGUAUGAAGAAUUCGUACCCGAGGAAGCAAGUUGUGAGGAAGAAUCAGAAGUCGAAAACAUCAUAGAUUAUGAAGGAGGAGGGUUAUGUUUAUCUUUUCUGUAGGACUCUUUUUGGAACUCUGAACACUCAUAUGAUCAUUUCAUUUUGUUGCUUUGGUUACUCUUCUAUGUUCUUGAGGUUGGAGGUUAUGUGAUUGUAAUGAAAGUUCUUUCACAUAAUUUUGAAGCUUCAAUGUGUUUUGUUGUGUGAUUGUAAUGAAUGGGAUGGAAAUGGGAAGACUUUUCUUUAAAGGGCAGGAAUAGGGGAGACAUCGAAAGCCAAGUUAUAUACGUUCGGUAACCUUACUUUUUAAAA